CUGGGCAACUUAUAAAAUUGGUCGGGGGUCUCGUGGAAUUUUGUCUUGGGGGGUGAAAUUCUUUCUGGCCCCCCCAGAUGAGCGUCUCACGGCGGAUGAGAUGGACGAGAGACGGCGGCAGAACGUGGCCUACCAGUAUCUCUGCCACCUGGAGGAAGCCAAGCGCUGGAUGGAGGCUUGCCUGAAGGAGCCGCUGCCCCCUCCGACAGAGCUGGAGGAGAGUUUGCGCAACGGCGUCACCCUGGCCAAGCUGGCACAUUUCUUUGCUCCGGACGCCUUUCCCCUGGGGAAGAUCUAUGACCGCGACCAGGCCCGCUUCCAGGCCUGCGGCCUCCACUUCCGGCACACGGACAACAUCAACCGCUGGCGAGACGCCAUGAGCCGCGUCGGGCUGCCUGUGAUUUUUCACCCCGAGACCACCGACAUCUACGACAAGAAGAACAUGCCUCGUGUGGUGUAUUGCAUCCACGCCUUAAGCUUAUACCUGUUCAGACGAGGGCUGGCUCCCCAGAUUCAGGACCUGUAUGGAAAAGUUGACUUUACAGAUGAGGAAAUAAACCACAUGAAAGGGGAGCUGGAGAAAUACGGCUUGCAGCUUCCCACCUUCAGCAAAAUCGGCGGCAUCCUGGCUGAGGAGCUCUCGGUCGACGAAGCAGCCGUGCACGCGGCCAUCCUGGCCAUCAACAGGGCGGUAGAAGUGGGGAUCGUGGCAGAGACCGUGGCAGCUUUGGGCAACCCCAGCGCCAUGCUGGUGGGCGUGCAGGAGAGUUUGGGGGCCCCCUACCAGGAAGAGCUCUGCCGGGCCAAAGGAGAGAAGGCCGAGAACGGAAAGAACCGGCACCUGCAGAAGAUACCAGAUGGGGAAGACAUCUACGAUCGCUGUUUGACCCAAGCUGAAAUUCAAGGCAGCAUCAAUUGGGUGAACACCAGGAGGGCCCUUGAGAUGGUGGACGACGCCCUGGAGGCCCAGGACCCCCAGACCUUGUACCACCUUUUGCAAGAUCCCAUCCUGGCCCUGAAGAGCCUGCGGCGGGAGAACGCCGGCUGGUACCUGGAUCAACUGUCCGCUGACCGGGAAGAGAAGGCGCUGGUACGCCAAGGGAAAUACUGCCAAAUCCCGUGGGAGCAUUUUGUGCACCCCCUGAAGUCAUCUCCUCCCUGUCCUGGAUUCUUGGACAACCGUUUUGUUGAGUCUCUUGAGUUCUACCUGAAUAGCGUGGCUGCCGUGGUCAAGAUCCAGGCCUUCGUCCGGGCCAACAAGGCAAGAGAGGAUUAUCGGAUGCUGGUGCGCUGCAGGGAGCCCCCACUCCGUGUCAUCCGGCGUUUCGCCCACCUGCUGGAGCAGAGCCAACGGGACACCCAGGAGGAGGUGGAGCUGCUGGGGCUCCAGGAGAAGCUGGCCAGGGGGAUCCGCUCCAACCAGCAGCUGGAGAGCGACCUCAACCUCAUGGACAUCAAGAUCGGGUUGCUGGUCAAGAACAGGAUCACCCUGCAGGAAGUGGUGUCCCAUUGCAAGACGCUGACCAAGAAGAACAAGGAGGAGCUGUCCAGCAGGAUGGACGUCAGCCAGGAGAACAACGGGCUGAAGGCGCUCAGCAAGGAGAAGCGGAAGGCGCUCGAGGCCUACCAGCACCUCUUCUACCACCUGCAGACUCAGCCGGUGUGUCUGGCCAGGCUGCUCAUGCAGAUGCCACCCAACAAGUCCACCAAGUUCAUGGAGUCGGUGGUCUUCAGCCUCUACAAUUACGCCUCCAGCCCCAGAGAGGCUUACCUUCUGCUCCAGCUCUUCCAGCGGGCCCUGCAAGAGGAGAUUGCGUCCAGAGUGACCCAGCUGCGAGAGAUCCUCACGGGGAACCCCACAGUGAUCCGCAUGGUGGUGAGCUUUUACCGCAACGCCCGUGGGCAGAACGCCCUGCGCCAGAUCCUGGCAGAGCCGGUGCAGGAGGUUCUGCACGACAGGAGCCUAAGCAUCCGCACCAGCCCCGUGGAGAUCUACAGGGGGUGGAUCAACGAGAUGGAGUGCCAGAGCGGACAGAAGAGCCACCUGCCGUACAACGUCACCCCACAACAAGCCCUCGGCCACCCAGAGGUCCAGAGGCGGCUGGACAUCUCCCUCGGCCAUCUCCUCGUGCUGGCAGACAGGUUUCUCUCGGCCAUCCUCUCGUCGGUGGACAAGAUCCCGUACGGGAUGCGCUACGUGGCCAAGGUCUUGAAGGCAACUUUGACGGAGAAGUUUCCAGAUGCCUCCAAGGGAGAGAUCUACAAGGUGGUGGGCAACCUGCUCUACUAUCGCUUCAUGAACCCAGCGGUGGUGGCGCCAGACGGCUUUGACGUGGUGGACUUCUCUGCUGGGGCACCCCUGCACCCUGACCAGCGGCGCAAUUUGGCCUCCGUGGCCAAGAUCCUGCAGCACGCGGCUGCCAGCCAGCUUUUCGAGGGAGAAAACAGCCACUUGAACGUGGUCAAUCAGUACCUGGAGGAAACACACCAUAAAUUCAGAGCAUUCAUCGACGCAGCCUGUUUGGUCCCUGAACCGGAAGAGAGAUUUAAUGUGGACAAAUAUUCAGAGCUGCUGGCCAUCACCAAACCAGUGGUCUAUAUAACGGUUGGGGAGCUGGUCAAAACCCACAAGUUGCUGCUGGAACACCAGCACUCCCUGGCUCCCGAUCCCCAGGAUGUGCUGCACAAACUUUUGCAAGACCUUGGAGAGGUGCCAACCGUUGCCGCGUUGAUAGGCCACAGCCCGGGGCAGGGGGCGAACGGGCCCUGGGAGGACGCGCUGUCUCAGCUCUCCAGCACGGAGCUCUCGCUCACGCUCAGCGGCAGGUACAGCGGGGUGGAGGCCGAAGCCGAGGGGGAAGCAGGUGCCGAAGGCCUGUGGCUGAGCACCAAACGGAUGCUGGUGGACGUGAUCCAGUCCCAGCCUGGCGACUCCCUGGCUGAGAUCCUGCACUCCAAGGCAUCAGAAGAGGAGGAGCAGCUCCACCAACAGCUCUUGUGGAGGAGAAGGGCCGCUGGCCACCCGCAGAGCCAAGAGCGGGCCCACCGUUCCCUGGCGGAGAAGAAGACGGAAGUCCUCCAGAACCUGGAGCGCCUGGCUUUGGCGGGCUCGGCCGGCCAGCCCCAGGCCCUGCUCCGCGAGAUUGCCCAGGACAUCCGCUGCCAGAGGCAUCGCCGGCAGGGCCGCAGGGGGCAGCUGGCCAAGCUGCAGCAGACCCUGCGAGGCCUGGCCUCCAAGCGCCGCUUCUACCGGGAGCAGGUGGACUACUACCAGAAGUAUCUCCGCACCUGCCUGGACAACCUGGCCGCUGCAGACAGGCCCAGCAAGAAACAGGCUGUGCUGCACUACACAGCGGCCCGCCUGUUUGAGAAGGGGGUCCUGCUGGAGAUCGAGGCCCUCCCGCCAAACCAACUUAGAAAUGUCAUCUUUGACAUUAUCCCUUCCCGAGAAGCUGGCAAGUUCCAGGUCCAGGCGAAGUUUAUGGGGGUCAAUAUGGAAAACUUCCAGCUUAGUUACCAGGACCUCCUCCAGCUCCAGUAUGAAGGCGUGGCUGUCAUGAAAAUGUUUGACAGAGCCAAAAUCAACGUCAACCUUCUCAUCUUCCUUCUGAACAAGAAGUUUUUCAAGAAAUAAUGUGCUUUGGGCGACAGCUGUGGAUUAUUGAGGUCCUCGCUGGGAAGAGGCCAAAGAGAUAUAUAGCGGUGCUCACUUUACUCCAGUCCUGCUUCAAAGAAACCCAGCGGGACCCCACGGGACCCCCACCCGGGCAGAUCCUUGCAUGGCAGAAGGCUCCCUUGCCCUAUCAACCGCUUGCAUGUAGAACACUACUAGGCCAAUAGACCAAAAGGACGGGCUUUUCCGAGCGCAAAGCGUUUCACCCGCCGUCCAGCCCUCUUCAAACGCUCCCACCGGUCACUCAGCCCAGGGAGCCUAAAACCUCUGGGUUCAGAGUGAUGUGACCAGUCUGGCGACCCCAUCUCUAGAUUCAAACAUCUGCCUCUCAGUUGCCAGACUCUGAGGAGGCCAAUGACCACCCACCCACCCACCCCUGCUGCCCCUCCGCCUUUUGGACCCCACAGGCUCCUGGCGCUGAUCUCCGGGAGGGGCAGUUGGUCCUCCCACCCGCUGGAGCUGCCCUGUACUUUGAGAGGAGAGGGGCGGGGGUCUGCGUGCCUGAGAGAG